AUGUUCCUGUCCAAAAAAGUUCUCAAGAAUCUGAUGAGGCUGAAAGGACACAGACACGUAAACGGGUUGUCAAGGCAACUACAUACACUGAAAGAGUCUCACAACAAGAGAAGCGUGAUUCACCAGCCAAGAAGAAUGUGACACAAAAGAAAGAAUCUUAUCAAGAAGAGAAAACCACUGUUGUGAAAACCGCUGUCAAAGAAAUUAACAAACAAACAACAACGACAGCCGAAAAGAAAAAAGGCUUUGUUCCAGUGUUUGUUCAAAUUGGUGUUCUUUUACUAGUUGCCGUCAUGAUCUUUCUUGUUUUAUACAACAUGGAGAGCGUACCUCAGAAGAGAUUGCCACAGGUACCAAAUAAAGGCAAUUGAUGAGCACAUGCCAAGCCACUGAAAUCUCAAAUAGUGUCUCUAAAUUACACAUGGCUCACAUCAUGUUGUUCAUCUCGUACAAUACAGUUCUCAUUUUAAGGCUAUAAAGAUUGAUGGCGGCCACAUUUCAAAGAGUCACUUUCUGCUAUUUUAUUUCUGGAAGGAUACAUAAUAUUGUAGAAUUAAACAAAAAAUAAAUUGUAAAGAUUGCAUAAAAUCAUAUGCGUUACAAUUACAACAGUUUUACUAAUUUGAAAAUGUUACCCAUCUUAUUUACGGCAUUCACUUAGGAAUCAUCAGACACCACAGUUAAUUUUAACAUGCAACUUUUUCAGAAAAGAUUUUAGGUGAAUAAUUCUGUGAUUGCCUGUUAUCUGAUUGGUUCACAUCUUUUAAAUGGGUCUGAACUAAUAAUUUACUGGAAGAAGCUCACUUACAUAUUUGCCAUUGUUAGCAAUCUUUAGUAAUCUGACUACUUAAUUGUAAACUGCAUUGAAUCAUGGGAUUGAACAAAUGGUCACAUGACAUUGAAAUUAUUUCUAUAUCAUUGAGUUUUGCUUCCUGCUCGGUAUGCAGAAUUGUAUUUUAUGCCAUAUUACUACCACUACUGGCAUUGAAAGGAAUCAAUUGUUUCUCAAAUAAACCUCCCUCCCAUUGAUGAGUUUGAACUUGAAUGCCAUUAUGCACACUCUUCUCAUCUGAAGAUGAAGUGAUAUUUGGGGAUGAAUACAAAAAUAACCCACAUAGCUGACUGCUGUGACACUGGUUACAUAUUCUAUUAAUGUCUGGAAUGGUUGUUAACAUCCACCUCUGCAGCUAGUAAUAACGACUUUGGUGUUGAUAAAUAUAUAAUUAUGCUAAUCUGCAUAUGCUACAAAUUAUAGUAUUCUUCAUUUGAUAGUUGAUACAGUAAUAGAAAUGUGACCAUGCCAUUCCUCAUGACAAUGAGUAAGCAAAAUAUUAGCAGCCAUUUCUGUUGGGACUAAUUAAAUAAUUAGAAACUGAAUAUAAAUGUAUGUAUGCUUUUGACAUAUGACAUGAAGUCAAAAGAACAUGCAUGUUUUUCUUGUUAUUUGCAGUUGUUCUUGACAUGUGACAUGACAUUGAUAUUGUCUACCCAUGUACUUAUUAAUUUGCUAUUCAUACAUUCUUCAUCACUAUUUACUUUUGCAUUUGUUGUGGAACUUUCAACUUAAUAUUAUUGUGAAUGAAUUUAAGUCCUUGUAACCGUCAAGUAGAAGUUACUAGUGCCUUAAGAAUGGAUUUAAAAAGGUGUAGAUUUUGGAGGAUUAUAUUUAGCUUUAACUUUUAUAUAUUGAAUAACCAAGAUAUACAAAGUAUAUUCAGAAUUGUGUAUAUAAUAGUCACUAUUUUACAUUCCUGCUUCCUUUGGGGAAGGUUAUUUUUGAGCCAAAUACAAUUCAUAGCAAAGUAUUUAUAUUUUUCAUAUUUUGUAAACAUGUAGCUGUACUAACAUUUUAAUGUGAACAAACAAAAAUGUCAGAAUGGCCGCUGCAUCUGUUGUUUUUGAAUUUGUGUUUGACCCAUGCAGCCUGUUGAUAAUGUUUUUGUUGUUGAACUGUCGCUAUUUUCAGUGAUUUUUCUGUGAAUCUGACCUAUUUGCUGUUUUCUGUAACAUUUUCAUUAUCAGAUCUUGGAUACUUUCAUUUUAGAAGUAAAUUCACUUAUUCACCAGAGCAGUUUUUAGUAAUACCAAAUUGAUACAAAUAGAUGAGUAUCAGACAUCUAAGAGGUAAAUUAGCGUGAUUAAGAUUCACAGGUAAUAACAGCCAUUGGCGUCUGUCACACUUUGAAUUCCUUUAGGUGAUGUAAAUCUGAUCAAUUAUUUAGUACCUAUACACACUGAGUUUUGAUCAGCGUUCAUUCAUUUUUUGGGGUGUUUAUGAACUUAGUAUGGGUGUUGCAAUCUGUCAUUGCUUUCUACUCAUUCAACACAAGGCUAUGAUGUCAUUGGUUUAAACAUCAGAAACUUUUGUCAGGAUUUGAAACAGAAUUGCCAGAGUUGUCAUAUACAGAUACACUCUAUUUAACCUCUAUUUUAGCAGUCUCUCGUUGAGCUCACUGGUGAAAUUGCAGAAAAAAUGAAUUUAAGUGCUUGUGACCAUCAAGUCAAAUGUUUUAUUAAAUAAUUGAUUAUUUCAUAUAAUGCCAUAAAA